AUGCAUACCAAAGCUGCCGUUUUAGCUACUACAGGUAGUCGAAAGAUACCUAUGUCAAUGGACACCUAUGACGUUAAGAUAAUUCAAUAUAAAGCAGCAUUAUUCAAGUUACAAGAGUUACAACGAUUGCUUGGCAUUUUAGAGAAAAAUCUUAAAAAUGACGAAAGAAAUAAAAUAAUUCCACUGGUGAAUUAUGUCUUAAUAAUAUGCGAGGGACCUACUUUUAAUGUAUCACCAAUAAUACGAAAACGAUACAGAUUAUUAUGUGAGAAUAAACUUUGCAAAAUCAAUGAUAUAAAUCCACAAUUAUCAACCCAAUUAACUGACCUUCGUUAUUCUUUAUCUGAAGUAAUAGGGGCCGAUGAUUACGAAAGCUUACGUGAAAGCGUAUACAGUACUGAAAAACAAUGGGCAUUACUUGAUUGCUUGAAAAGAAUAUCAAAUAAUUCAAUCAUCAUAUAUAAUAAGAAACUAAGACAGUUACUUCUCGAAAGAAAUAGCACAAUAAAUAGACCUUACGAACUGUCUGAGUUUAAGGAAAAACAAUUUAACAAUGGUACAUUUGAUUUUACUUCUGUUGAAGAUAUAAUAAAACCAAACGAGUUAGCAUUAUCUUUAGAUUUAGCAGUACUAAUAAACGAUAGAGAAAGGGAUACAUCUCAAAAAUCUUUUUUGAAGUUACAAUAUCAGGUACUGACCAAAUUCAAUACACAUAUGAAUAAGAAAGUAUUCCCUCCCUUACGAUCGUUCUACAACAAAUUACAGAAGUAUAACAAUCUAAUAUCGAAGAAUGACGCGGACAACAACCAAAAUGAGGCAACGGAAACAUUAUCACAUUUUAGAUUCUGCUUGCACAGAAUAUAUGCACUUAUGCUUAGAAGUUAUUCAAUAUCAUGUAUCAUCAGGUCUAUGUCGAGAGAGAUAUAUUUAGCCAACAGAUCGUACUUCACCGCUCCAAUAACAAAGUUGUUAACAGGAAACUUGUUUGAAUUCGAGGAAUUAUUGGAUAACCUUGACACAUUGUAUACCAGUAAGGAAAACCAGAAGUUUGAUAAUUUGGUGUCAAUUCUUGAAGAAUUAUCAAACAAAGGCAUAAAAUAUGAAAGGACAAAUUCAACAGAUACGAUAACAGCGUUAUGUCAUGAGAGUAUUAAUAGUUCGAUACACUUUAUACGGUCACAAUUAUCAACAAUUAUCAAGCUACAAGAGCAUUGGAAAAUAAUAACUGAUAACUCACAUUUAAAACAUAGUUUCGAUGGAAUGGAGGUUGAUCAAAUUGAAAAGUUGUUGAAUGAGAAAAGAUCAGUUGAUCAAUUAGCUUAUUUAGAGAGAAUAAAGACAAUACAAAAAGCUAAGAACAGUAAAGAGAUAACUUCAUCAAUGUCAUCUAGUACAACUUCCUCAAAAACACCAUCAGCUACUGUGACACCAUUAUUAAGCUCUUUAAACAUAAGCAAUGACGAUAUAACGCCUAUUGAUUUGAAAAAGAAGGUAUACAAAUCCAAAAGUUCAUCGGGUUCGAAUACAGGGUCUCAACUGAGUAUCAAUGGAACAAAAUCCCCAAUAUCUUUGAGUCGGAGAGCCUCCAUGGAUAAGGGAUCAAGAACAUAUACUUUAGCAAUGUCUCCUUUGAGUAAAACAAGUAGUCCUCGACAUACUAAUGAAAUUUCAACUGGUCCACAGGGAAUUAAUUCACCUCAAAUAUCUAGAAGGUCCUCUGUAAUAGCAGUUGCAAGAAAUCCUCAAUAUUUUGUCGACAAAGAUGGAUAUCUUUCUCCAUCAAAACUGGAAGGUUCUACUAAUGGUAAGCCAACAAGAAAAACUACGGUCCGAGGAAGACCUAGAUCUACCUCAUUACAAUCCUCAUUUUCGAAGGGUAAAGGUAGAGUGAAUCCUAUGAGUACUCUAGAUCGACAACCUCUUAAUAGUAUACGUUCCAAUUCACUAGAAGCAUCGGGUGCACUUAAUAGAAUGAUAAUCCAAGAUGCUGCCAAGAAAUCGAUGAAGAGAGAUGGAAAUACCCAGGUAACCAAGAGUAUCAAAUCCCCACCUCUUGUAAGACAAAACCGCAGCAGAAGUGGAAGUGCUUCAAAACAUAUAAUGAACGGAGUAAACCCAGAAAAGCUCCUAAACACACCUUCAAAAUCAAAUCUAGGAGUUCCUAUGACAUCUCCUUUAACUAAAAAGAGAUCCAAUCUGUCGCAAGAAGUUACACCUGAGAUUCAUGCUGAAAAUGAUACGAUCUCUGCUGUGAGAGAUAAACCUGAAGCAUUACAAUUUUCCGAUAUUGGAGAUACUGGAAAUGACACAACAACUAAUGUUGAGGACGUAGAAUUAAUAAAGAAAGUAAGAUUUGUAGGGGUUCCUCCAAUGUCUCCAGCCGAGGAUCCCAAACCCAAAAGGAAAGGUUGGUACAAAAAGCCUGCCCAGUUACACUAUCCUCCUGCACCUCCUCAAAUUAGAUUACUAAGAAAUAGACUUACUCAGGAAGGUGUUGCCUUUAGAACAAGUCUAAGAGAAAACUACCAGGAAAAUACUACAGAGAACUUUGAUAAUGCAACAUCUGAGAGUCAAAGUUCUAAUAGAAGAUCUACGAUGUUUUUCAAUGCAGAUGGUGAGUUGAAUAAUCCAUUUAAAGAGACUAUCAGUCGCAAAUUUGCUUCAAAAAUACGUAACUCACUCAGAUCAUGA